UCCCGACCGUUACCUCUCCCCCCUCACGGUCACCGCCUCACCCACCCCCGCGCUGCUCCCAACGGCUACCCCAUCGCCGCGCCGGAGAGGGAAAGGGAUGGCUUCGAGAGAUGCGGCGGACAGCCCUAGAUACGUGCCGCGCCGCCCUGGGGCGGCGGCCGCCGCGCCCAAGGACGGCGCCGGCCUGCUCAGCCCGCGGUUCCGGUCGGCCGCCGCGCUGGCCGGGUGGGACGAGGAGUCCGUCCUCCUCGCGGCGCUCGUUGUCGAGGACACCCCCGUCCGCGAGUCCCGCCGCAAGAGGCGGGCCUCCACCUCCUCCUCAGCCGGUGGCAGCGCCGGAUCGAGCACCAGGAAGAGGAGGUCCCGUAGGCAGUCGCCCGGCAAGAUUCCGCCGGUGGUUCUCGCGCUCGACGACGACGACAAGCCGGACGCUGCGUCGGAUGGCAAGUCGGAAUUGAAGGACACCAAGGAAGAGGAAGAGAAGGAUGUCCUUGUGGGCGAGAAGGAGGCGUCCGGAUCUGGUGAGAAGGCAGCGGCGACGGGCAAUCUGCCAUGUAUGGAUCAGCUCCGGGAGGAGCUUUCUUGCGCGAUUUGCCUGGAAAUCUGCUUCGAGCCUAGCACCACGCCUUGUGGGCACAGCUUCUGCAUGGAAUGCUUAAAACAUGCUGCAACCAAGUGUGGAAAACGGUGUCCUAAGUGCAGGCAAUUGAUCAGCAAUUCAAGAUCGUGCACCAUCAAUACUGUACUCUGGAACACCAUUCAGCUCUUGUUUCCCAGCGAAGUUGAGGCAAGAAGGACUUCGAUCGAAUCACCUUCAUCAUGCAAUGAAGAUAUGAACCAUAGCCCCCCAAGAAGUAAUAAUUUUUCACAAGGUGGCCAUGGCAUGAGAACAAGGAAUAGCAAUGGAAGCUUCAUUGCAGAAGGCAGAACACGAAGCAGCUACAGGACCUUCAUCACACCUGCUAGCACACCAAGCAGCAACACCAGUGGGAACUUCAUCAGCACACAUGGGAGCACAAGAAGCAGUAACAGCAGCAACAGGAGAACCUUCGUCCCAGCUUCGCAAUUGGUCAACACAAGGAGUGCUGUAAGAUCAGAUCAAUCAGAAGAUGCCGCAUUAGCUUACAGGCUGCAGCAGGAGGAAUUCAUGAAUGCCUUUGAAGAGCCUGAGCAGGAGAGGCAACCACGAAACACAGUGUCCACAGCCCGAGACAAUUUGAGAGCCAUGGCCUCCCGGGCCAUUCGCCUCCGCGCUCGAGGCUGGCCUAUCUAGUGAGUUCUUUUGCUCGCUCGUCUUUGGUUUGUUGAUAACUCUUAUCUUCUGGUCAACUUUGCAGGAAUCUCUUGUUUGUUAUUGUAUUGUAAUAUUAAGUGGCCUGAUCAAAUUGCCACUUAAUAAUGAUUGUCCACUGUAUUGUGACUUGUGAGUGGCCAUAAUUCAUUGGCACUCGAAAUAUUGGCUGCUGUGUACAAUACUGUUCUGACUUAUACCAGGUGGCCUGUUCAACAGAUAGGCAUUUCUUGUGCUGUA